GCGUCUGCCUGUUUCGUUGUAACAAGUUCGAAUGUAGCUAACGAUUUUCAGGCAGUAACAAAACAAAAGACGCGACUCGGCAGCUGUAGCGUAGAUCAGAAAAGGUUUGGAGUAGCUAUCAGUUUAUGCUUUUAAUACACGAUCGGGGGAGUUUACAGGGAUCCCGGGCCAAGAAGAUACGGCGAAACACGCUGCUGAUUAAAGGAAAUAUAUAGGGGAAAUAAUAAAAUCUUAUUUCAUGAAAUAUUUUUGGAAAAAUCAGAACGGAGGGGAUUUACGUGGGAACGAAUACAAACGUUCAUAUCAGACUCUGCGUUGAAAAUUUUGAGGGUUUCAAAUGGUCUAGUUGGCUAGGUUAUAUGCAACUCCAUACGUCCUGGAGUUGAGGUUGGUGUUAUUGUAACAGCGCGAGCCAAACUGCAGCAGCGCUAAUCGCGUGCUGCAAUUAAAUGGAAAAUAUAAAAGCUAGCUAGUUUGCGUGGAAUACGCGCUGCUGGAAUUGUGCACUUUCACAGCUGAGGAGCAGUUAUAAGUUUAAGUGAUCUCAGUCAGUUACACAGUCGGGCGGCGGAACGGGAGAAAUAUGAAAUGCUGUAAAAGACAUUGAAGAAAGCUCGCUAUCUCUGGGAUCGUGGCACCCCACGCGUGGACCACAACACACUACUUGUGAAUGAGAAAGACAGCUGUCGUGGAGAAAUUAUAUUCUCCACCUCCGUCCGUAAGGGAGAAUUAUUUUUGCGUGUGUAUUUCUCUUGUGGUGCAUGUGUGGAGCGUGCCACACACCCACUCCAGAACAACGACGGCUUUUGCUUGCAUCUUCCAGUGUUUCUUCUGUCAGCAAGUCCAGCAGAGCUGCAACUCUUCCAGCGCCAGCCCGGAGCCUCGGGAGGAGCCGGCCCACAGUGAGAUGGUGAAGAUGACCAAGUCCAAGACCUUCCAGGCCUACCUGCCCAACUGUCAUCGCACCUACAGCUGCAUCCACUGCAGGGCACACCUGGCCAACCACGACGAGCUCAUAUCCAAGUCGUUCCAAGGCAGCCAAGGCCGAGCCUACCUCUUUAACUCUGUGGUGAACGUAGGCUGCGGUCCAGCUGAGGAGCGGGUUCUUCUCACUGGUUUGCAUGCGGUGGCGGAUAUCUACUGUGAAAACUGCAAGACCACUCUGGGGUGGAAAUACGAGCAUGCUUUUGAGAGCAGUCAGAAAUACAAAGAAGGAAAGUUCAUCAUCGAGCUGGCGCACAUGAUCAAGGACAACGGCUGGGAGUGAGCCCCCCCAGGACCCCGGGGGGAACCCUGGGGCAGAACCCUGGGGCAGAACCCAGGUUGUUUUUGUGAUCUUUCCUUGCUCCGUCGGGGACUUCACGGAGCUGUUACAGGGAGGGCAGUCUCCCGGACUCUCGCCAAACUUUACAGCGAAAACAUUUUUACAAAACUUGACAGGACAAGACGAGGGGCAUGCCGCAGAACCCCUGUCCCGUCCUCAUCCGUGCUGACGUGUUCUAGAGCCCCGCAGGUGUGCACCUCUGUCCUGUGUCUCCCCUCUACUGCAGGAAACACCCCUUUAUUAUUCAGAUGACUCUGUUUUCCUCUUUUUCCGUUUUAGUGAGUGGGGGAAGGGCUCAGACUGAAGCCUCCGGGCCUUCCCAUGGUGCUUUGCCUGUAGUGUAAAGACGGGACGUUUCCGGGGUGGCAGUGAGAUGGGGGUGUUAUGUAGCAGGUGGGAGGGAGGGGUCGGGGGGGGGGGGGGUGCAGCGUGGGGUAGUUUGGAGGGGGUGUGAUCUUUUAUACCCCUCUAUUUUAAUGUGUUUCCGUUAUUUUAUUUGUGUUUGUUUUUUGUCGUUGUUCUUAUGAUGACUUCACUGUGCAAUCUGUGGUACCGCCCCUAACAGCGUACCCACACCACCCCAACUCCCAUGGCCCAAAAGCCCACCCAAACACUCCGCUGCUGUCCCAAUAUUACCCCCCUCCACCCCCCCAAUGCCCUCGCUGCUCUCUCAGCCUCACAGCGUUACCUGGUACUGUGCUCCAGCCUCUCGCACCCUUAUCUUCUACACGCAGUCGUGUCCUACGCACCACUUCUGGCUGGUCCUGUUCCUGUCCCUCUGACCGUUCUGGAAGUAAACGAAGAGAAGGCAGAGAGCUGUAGAGGAGAAACCAGGCUUUCUUUUUCUCUGCAGAGGCCGAUCCUCCCCAUCAUAAGAGAACACAGAGUCAUAGCGCAUGGGUACAUGCGUAGGUGUACAUGCACAUAUCUGUGCGUAUGUUUAUACACACGUUGCGCGGUAUAUUAAAGCAUACUUGAAUGCAGUUACUUUGUUUGCUCUUUGCUGAGGCCUUGAGUUCAUGAGAGUUUAGAGGCAAAAGUCUGUCUGUCUGUCUGUCUCUUUAGGCCUUUCAUUGACAACUGAAAGAUUGUAUAAGAUUCUAUGUAGAUAAAUGAGACUCGGGGUUGAGUGGUUGCUGGUAAAAUCAUCUCCCUAUAGAUCUAAAGUUGUUCUGUUUACAUUUCUCAAAGGCAAUAUGAGUGCAAACAUGGCCGUGCUUCCCUUCUUCAACCCGAAUCUGAGACACUAUGAGUCUGUUCUUUAUUUAGGCGGAACAUGGCAUUAAAAAGUACCCAUUUCUUUCAACAAAACUGUGCGUAAACCUCUUUGCUGCUAUUAGGAAAUGGAGUCCCUGGCUGUGGCGUGGUCCUGCUGCACGUUGGCGUGGUUUGAGAGUGUUUUCAUGGCUUUCUUUGUUCCUGUUCUGUGUGUGUUUGCCUCUAAGCUCCAUGAAUCUUGUGCCUCUUCAAAAGGAACAUUCUUCUCGGUUGUGCAGUGCAUAACUAGUGAACCCAGUCCAUCGAUCCGUGCCUCCGGGCUGGUUUGCUUGAAACGUAUUCACCAAAACUUCAGAGAUCUAUCCAGAUAAAGAACAUAGAUAUGGAAUCAACCAAUAUUUUCAUAGUUUUAUCAGCACUGGUGAGAGAUUGAAUUAUUCAGUGCUUAUACAGAGUAAAUAGAGUUGGGGGGGGGGGGGGGUUGUCCUGGUAACGAGACGCGUGGGUCAUUUAUGCAGUUUUUAAUUGAGAUUAAAUCAAAUCCUGAUUGUGAAAAAUUAGUGUUGCUGGGGGUGGGGAUAGGGGUGUUUUUUUGGGAGGGGGUUGUCUCUGGUUAUGUGGCCAUGUUCGGUGUACAUCACAGAGAAGGUCGGUCUGGUAACAUGACCUUUUAAUCAACCAGGCAAAGAAAAUACAAAUUAAAUGGUUACAGAAAUAUCCUACUUGAAAAAACCACAAAUGGGGAAACAGAUUAGACAUUUUCCCUGUUACAGUUUUGUACAUAAAAAUAACAUAUUUAAGGUUUUAUACUUAUUUCUACUGGGUUCCUUUACUUCCCUGACUUGAAGCACUUUUGUUAACUGUUCCUGUACCUCUGGCUUGUGUGUGCUGCUGUUUCUUUGGUUCUUUUCUUUGUUUUGCUGUCGUACUCAGUCUUCUCUCUCAGAUGAGACUGCUGUUUUAUUUUGAAUCCUUCGUGAGACCCAGAUGGUUGGGCAGCUGGUUCUGUGUGUGAGGCCCAGAUGGUCGGGCAGCUGGUUCUGUUUGGAGGCCCAGAUGGUUGGGCAGCUGGUUCUGUUUGGAGGCCCAGAUGGUUGGGCAGCUGGUUCUGUUUGGAGGCCCAGAUGGUUGGGCAGCUGGUUCUGUUUGGAGGCCCAGAUGGUUGGGCAGCUGGUUCUGUUUGGAGACCCAGAUGGUCGGGCAGCUGGUUCUGUUCGGAGGCCUAGAUGGUUGGGCAGCUGGUUCUGUUUUGAGGCCCGGAUGGUUGGGCAGCUGGUUCUGUUCGGAAGCCCAGGUGGUUGGGCAGCAGGUUCUGUUCGGAAGCCCAGGUGGUUGGGCAGUGAGGUAAGCUGGAUUCUCCCACACGUUUGGGUCAGUGGAUGUUUCGUACUGGAGAGUGCUGACCAGGCCGUUCACCCAGUUAACUUUCCUCUAAACUUUGGAAUCCUUGAGGCCAGUGUCACUGCUAAAUAUGAACCAAAUAAAAAAAUACAUUCUACUAAAAAAGAUGAAGAGCAUUAAGUUAGUGUACAGCCCCUUGCAGCAGAGUUGUCAUUUGGGUGCUGAAAAUGUAUUCGCUAAAAAAACCAAAAACAGCUUGGCUCAGUGUCCUAAUGGACUCGUUUUAUUUUAGUGAACAUACAGCGAUGUAGAAAAUGGCUGGAAUGCUGAAACGUACGUUUACUUAAGCUGUUUUUCAGUGACACUGGCUCCAACCUGUUCAUCAAUAGGAAAUGUUACUCUAAAGAUAUUAGUGUAAGGAAUCUAGGUAUGCAAAGGAAAAGAUUGUAAGUUUGAAGAGUUAUUUUCAUAGGACUGUUAAAAUAUAAGGUCGAAAGCAUGUUGUAUUUAUAAUGGUUAUAUUGAGUCGUGCCUGAUUUUUUUUUCUUCAAAGCAAAAAAAUAUAUCUGCUUUUUUCUUUUCUUUUUACUUGACUACAUUGCUUUGCAUUCUGUCUCAGUAAAAUAAAAUAUCACAUCUGUCUGUUUUUCACUGUAUUGUAUCUCAAAUAUCACAAUAAACUUUCAGUGGCAUUGUG